CGAUACCCACGAAACCUUGAGUGAGAAAAAAAACUAUCACGAUACGUAGUUUCCAUUUUAAUUUAUCCAUGUAUGUGUUAUCCAGUGAACAAACCUCUUUGUUCUCCGUGGCACUGAGUUUAUCUUUCUCAAUUUGAACGAAACAUUAGAUGGUUUGUCCUAUAUUGAGAAUAUAUAUCAGCACUUUCAUCGAUGCUGAUGGCGCUGUUGAGAUUGCUCCUUUUUUGCAAUAUUUUUACUCUUUCUUCAAGUGACAAAGUACUUCGCGUCGUACCGUCAACGGUUUCCCAGCUCAAGCUAAUGACAGCAUUCAACGACAUUGCUAACAAGAUUGAUUUCUGGAGAUUUCCGUCAACCGUUGGCCAAGCUAUCGAUUUUCACGUCACUGAUAAAGAUUACCAUCUAUUGCACGGCUUGUUACGUCACUGGGGCUUUAACGUCAAGGUCCAGAUAUCGGAUUUGAAGCGUCUUAUUGAUGUUCAAAGAAAGGAGUCAAUAGAGAAGCGUCAAGUAAAAUCAAACAAUGCUAGGAUGGCUGAUUUUUGUGAUGAUUAUCAUUCCCUGCACGAGAUAAACAAUGAACUACACUCCAUUGCUGAUCGAUACAGCAAGUUUACGACUGCCUUAAGUAUAGGAAAAUCAUACGAAAACAGGGAUAUUCUAGCGAUACAGAUCCAAGGGAAAUUCCAAGUCAACAAACCUUUGUUUUUCAUUCAAUGUGGUAUCCACGCUCGUGAAUGGAUUUCCCCAGCAACCUGCAUGUAUAUCAUUGAUAAGAUGACAUCUAGUUAUAUUAAAGACUCAAUGGUGACUGCUUUUCUCGAUAAAAUGGAUAUAAUAGUUCUUCCUGUCAUCAAUGUGGACGGCUACGAAUACACAUGGACAAAUGAUCGACUUUGGCGCAAGAACCGACGUCAACAGAAAAAUAGCUUUUGUAUUGGAGUAGAUUUGAACAGAAACUUUGGCAACGCCUGGGGAG